CGAGCCCGGGGAAAGCCUGUGUGUCCGUAGAUCGAUCAGUGCGUGUGUCCCCGACCUCUGGCGGCGGCAGCUGAGCUAGGGAGCAGCCAGCCCGUAGGCUAGGGGUUCGGGCCGCCCCGCCCCUGCGCCCGAUUUCUCCAGGGAGGGAGCCGCCCCGCGCCCGCCCUUAACCCGCCCGCCACCGGAGCGAGAGCCGGAGCAGAAGCCGCCGACCUGCGGAGAUGGAGGCGGUCGGCACCUGGGCGCUGCUGCUCUUCCUGCUGCUCCUCCUGCUGAGCCUGGCGCUGCCCGCGAGCCGGGCCCGAGGCCACCUGCCCCCGGGGCCCGCGGUGCUGCCGCUGCUGGGGAACCUCUUGCAGCUGCGACCCGGGGAGCUGUACGCCGGGCUGCUGCGGCUGAGUCAGAAGUAUGGGCCGGUAUUCACUGUGCACCUGGGCCCCUGGCGGCGUGUGGUGGUCCUGGUUGGGCACAAGGCUGUGCAGGAGGCCUUAGGAGACCAGGCUGAGGAAUUCAGUGGGCGAGGAACCUUGGCUACGCUGGACCAGACUUUUAAUGGUCAUGGGGUUUUCUUUGCCAAUGGGGAACGAUGGAGGCAGCUGAGGAAGUUCACCAUGCUGGCUCUGCGAGACCUGGGCAUGGGGAAGCGCGAAGGCGAGGAGGUGAUCCAGGCGGAAGUCCAGCGGCUGGUGGAGGCCUUCCAGGGGACAGAAGGACGUCCAUUUGAUCCCUCCCUGCUGCUGGCCCAGGCCACCUCCAACAUCGUCUGCUCACUGCUCUUUGGCCUGCGCUUCUCCUAUGAGGAUGAGGAGUUCCAGGCUGUGAUCCGGGCAGCUGGUGGUACCUUAAUGGGGAUCAGCUCCCCAUGGGGCCAGACCUACGAGAUGUUCUCCUGGCUCCUGCGGCCGCUGCCCGGCCCACACACACAGCUCCUCCGCCACUUGGACACCUUGGCUGCCUUCACUACCCGGCAGGUGCAGCAACACCAGGGCGACCUGGACACCUCAGGACCUGCGCGUGACCUUGUUGAUGCCUUCCUGCUGAAGAUGGCAAAGGAGAAAGAGAACUCCAACACGGAAUUCACUGAGAAGAACUUGCUGAUGACAGUCACUUACCUGUUGUUUGCUGGGACAAUGACAACUGGUGCUACUGUCCGCUAUGCCCUCCUGCUCCUUCUGAAGUAUCCUGACGUCCAAAAGCAGGUACAAGAGGAGCUGAGGCGGGAGCUGCCAGAGGGCCAGGCACCAAGCCUGCAGGACCGGGCCCGCCUCCCUUUCACGGAUGCAGUGCUGCAUGAGGCGCAGCGGCUGCUGGCGCUUGUGCCCUUGGGCAUGCCCCACGUCACCACCAGGACCACUUGCUUCCGAGGGUACAUGCUGCCCAAGGGCACUGAGGUCUUCCCGCUCCUUGGCUCUGUACUGCAUGACCCCACAGUCUUCGAGCAGCCAGAGGAGUUCAACCCAGGCCGCUUUCUGGAUGCAGAAGGACGGUUUAAGAAACCCAAAGCAUUCCUGCCCUAUUCCUUAGGUAAGCGCAUCUGCCUCGGAGAAGGACUGGCACAAGCAGAGCUCUUCGUCUUCUUCGCUGCCAUCCUGCAAGCCUUUUCCCUGGACAGCCCAUGCCCGCCAGAUGCCCUGAGCCUCCAGCCAGCUGUCAGCGGCCUCUUCAACAUCCCACCAGCCUUCCAGCUGCAGGUCCGGCCUGCUGACCUCCACCCCUCCACGCAGACCAGAUGAAGGAAGGAGCUGGGGGAAGUGGGAGCUGCCCAGGAGGACGGACAUACCCUGCCUCAGACGGUGUGUGAGGACAGGGCACUGUCAGGAGCCCUGGGUCCACCAAAGGCAGCCCAGUUACACCUGCAGCUGUUUCCUAGAAGCGUCACACAGACGGUUGGCCCGCGCAGCUGCUGUGACACACGGCCACACAGCCAUGAGGGCCACGAGUGCUGCUUGAGCUUUCUGCAGACAUCGAUGCAGCAUAGUAUGUCUGGAGCCACGAGCAGAGGCCCACAUAACCCACCAACCUGUACGCCACACAGCUCCCCGCACCCUCAACCCACACAGGGGCAUCCAACCACUAUCUUCACAGCCACACAAACCCACCUGUGGUCACAGCUCACACACACCCUUCACCCAUCAGACUCAGUGCCACCAUCUCUGGGCACCAGUCACAGAGGACAGCAUGACCAUGUUCAAUCAUGCCACAGUCAGAACCACUGUCCCUCCCUGCCUGUGGCCCCAACAUGUACCCUUAUAUGUCCUCACUACCCUCCAAGCCCAUGAGCGCUGCCAGCCACAGCCCCCAACCACUGAUCCACACAGCCAGCCCACACAUGCACCCCCUGCAUCCCCUCGGCUUCCCCCUGAGAUACAGCACUCCACAGACACAAUCCUGGCCACCUCCACACUUUUGUCCCCCAGACACACCCUUUCUGGGUAUCCAUUUCCCUUAGAUUUUCCUAAAUACAAGUACUUCCUUGUGUGCGGUUGUAUACCCAGACCUUGAACACAGGGUCCCCAGACCAGAGAAAGCGCACUCCCAUACCUGCUUAUGUAACUAUGUCG